CUAUCAACUUUCAGAUAAAUCUAUCAGUACAAUACCACAAUCAUGUUAUAACUUGGAAGAAUUCCAUUUUCACGGUUCCAAAAGUAUCACUAAUCAGACAAUAAAUGAAUCAGGAAGGUCAUGUCCAAAAUUAAGAUGUCUCACAAUUUCGAGUUGUCCAAAUAUCACUGACCUUAAAGCAAUUGCUCACUCUUGUCAGAAUCUAGAAUAUUUUGAUGUCUUCGGAUAUAGUAUAUCUGAUGAAUCCAUUUGUGAUAUUAUUUAUCAUUGCCAGAAACUCAAGUAUCUUAAUAUAUCAGGUUGUCAGAUUACUAAACUAGGUAUUUAUUCAGAUAGUAAUAUAGAACACCUUGAUAUUUCCACCUGCAAUUUUAUUCCUGAAUCAGUUAUUAAUGAAUCUAUUCGAUUUUAUUUUAAACUUCAACACCUCAAUCUCGGAUACUGCAAUAUUUCCAACGAAACUAUCAGAAAAAUGAUAUGUUCAUGUCUUAAUUUAAAGUUCCUUGAUUUGGAAGGUUGUGAAAAUAUUAGUGAAGAGCUCGUGAAAUGGCUUGAUCCGAGUAUACAUAUUGAAAAUUACGAUUCAACUGAGGACCCACCUCCACUUAUUCCAACCUUUACCGAUAUAUUGAAUGAAAACAGAUUUAUUUCUGAGUUUAUUAACCAUAUCACAUUAAAUUCAAACACAGAGUUUCCUGCUUUGCAGACUCGAUUAGAACGAAGUAAUUUAUUAAAUAGUCUUAUUCGAGCUACUCAUCAUUCAUGGCAAGGGCUUUAG